AAAACUUGGUGUAAGUCCCAGUUUUUAUCGUUACGGUGUGAAAUUCGGUUCGGUUCCUCGAUAAGUUGUCUUUUCGAAUCGGUUCGAAAUGUUCGACGUUGAGAAGGAGUACGAGAAGAACCCCCAGCUCAAGAAGGAGGACGUGGAGAGCCUGAGGUCCUGGGCUGAAAAACAACCCCAUCUACCGAAAAUUAGUGAACUCCAGUACAUACUUUUCCUUCAAAGUUGCUACUACAGCAAUGAACAGGCUAAAUCUGCUAUUGAAAACUUUUUCACCAUCAGAACCCUGUGCAGGGAUAUAUUCGCCAAUGGAAACCCCAAAGAUCCAGCAAUACAAAUGGCCUUAGACGUUGGAUUGGUCACGAUCCUACCAAAAGUGGCCCCCAGCGGCUACAAAGUGGUCUUCAUGAAACUCCUGGACACCAACCCCGACAAAUACAUCCUCCUCGACGAACUGAGGAUGUUCGACAUGGUCAUAACGCUCCUGAUGAACCUUCAGGGCACCAACGAAGGCCUCCACAUCGUGUUCGACUUCGAGGGAUCCACCUUCGCUCACCUGUUGAAGUAUACGUCCCUCACCGCCAAGAAAUACUUGUUUUACGUCCAGGAAGCGUUGCCUAUAAGGCUGAAGGACAUCCACAUCAUCCACGCCCCUACUUGGAUCGACAGAGGAUUGGCGAUUGUUAAGCCUUUGAUCAAGAAAGAACUCUUCGACAUGAUUAAUAUACACACAACUAUGGACACAUUCUACAAGAAAGUACCCCAAGAGAUGCUUCUAAAAGACUUUGGAGGUACCCUUGAACCCUGCAAAGUUUUGGGAGAGCAAAUGAGGGCCAUGUUGGAGAAAAACGAGCAAUUCUUCAAGGACCAAGAAGCACAAAUCACCGACGAAUCCAAAAGGGUCGAGAAAUCUACAGAUUUGAACAAAAUUUUCGGUCUUGAAGGCACUUUCAAGAAGUUAGAGGUCGACUGAAACCUAUAUCUUGAAUUUUAUUUAUUUAGAAUUGUUAUGGUAUCCAAUACAUGUUAAAGUUUCA